CAUACAGAAGCUGUAGAUGAUCAGCUGUGUCUAACUGAAAGCAGGAGCACGGUGAAACUAAAUCAGAAAAUGGGGUGUGAUGUUGAAGAACUAAAUGGAGACUAUUGUUGACACCAUUUGUUUGAGUGUUCAGAGAAGCCAGCAGAGAGAUCAAAGUACAUUUCUGGUAAAGUCCACAGUGGGGCUGAGCUUUCCUGUAAGAUAAGACUUAUAGCUGAGGUCAGAGAGAAGAUUUAAGCAGAUUGAAAAUUAGCUGCAAGAGGCAAAAUCCUCCUAGUCUCAGGGUUCAUCGCUCAUGGUGUACAGUAUGCGUGUUGACUUCGGACUAAGUAUGGAAUUAGGUGAACUUAGUGAUAUUUUGGUCUGAAGAUAUACAGUAUGUAACGUGGCCCAGAGUAAUCUUUAGAGCUUUGAAGGUGUAAAAAUAGACAAAGCUGUUUGUGUAACAGUUUCUCAAGGAGCUUUAUGAUGGCUUUAGUCCAUAGUUUGACCUGACCUGGGGAUGUUAUAUCAUCUCAGCAUAGAGCAGCUGGCUCAGAGGAGGAGGAGGAGGAGGAGGAUGAUAGAUCUUAUAUAUGAAGAUUAACUAACUGACUGCUAAUUGUUUUUCUCUCAGAGCAUUAAAGAUGGCAGACGCAGGUGUUGCAGCUCCCGCCGACAAGAAGGCUCCCCCCAAGUUCAAGCAGAGGGCUGCUCGUACCUUCAAGAGCAAGGCCCCCAAGCCCGGCCAGAAGGGAUUCGGAGACGACAUCCCCGGCAUGGAGGGCCUUGGCACAGACAUCACAGUGGUCUGCCCAUGGGAAGCCUUCGGGGACAUGGAGCUCAGCGACCUGGCGAAAUAUGGAAUUGUCUAG